AUGUCUCUCCUCCAGCGCGUGACUUCUAUUGAUGGACACGACAGACUCCCACCCGAGGUCGACGUCAAGCAGCUCGGAAAUGGUACCGCAAAGUCGCUGCGGCGCGUCAUCAGCUACGAUGCCUUCCCCAAGCCCCACGAAGACUCCCAAGCGACUGCGCCCACCGGUGGCGUGACUGCCUACAAAGUAUCCGUCCAUCGUCGACUAGGUAGGUACAUGGGCCUUCGAAUCGUGCGGCAUCCUGCUAACUCGUAACAGCGCAGGUAGCUAUACAGAUAGUUUCGUGUUGGUUGGCGGCGGGCAUUGUUUUUGGUUUUGCGGCGUUGAAGCCGGUACUUGUUGAUCAGGGCGUGUACCGCGAGCUUUGUACUCGAGAAGAAUUGGCCGCUGGAGUCGAGGUGUGCUACGAGCAAGAUUUGUGGUAUGUCUCAAUCGAACGACUUCCCUGGGCCUACUCACUAACCUCUUCUCAGGCUGAACUUGUUCUUUGCGAUUGCUUCUACGACUGCCAAUGUUUCGUCGUUACCAGCAGGAACGCUGCUGGAUAGAUAUGGCCCAAGAUUUGCUACCAUCAUCGGCGCAAUAUGCUUGGCUGUGGGAGCUGCUCUCAUGGCCACAGCCUUCUCCAUUCCCGACUUCGAUGGCUACAUCGCCGGUAACAUUUUCCUCUCAUUUGGCGGCACUCUCAUCUUCAUCCCGUCAUACCAGGUUGCAAAUGCCUUCCCCAAGUAUGCGGGCACAAUCGUGGCAAUUGUGACGGGCGCUUUCGAUGCUUCUGUAAGUUUCCCUCCCCAAAAAGCACGUUAGUGGAAGUCGACUGACACAAUGAAAUAGGCGGCAGUCUUCCUCUUCUUCCGGUUGGCAUAUGAGCGUUCAGGUGGCACUUUCACGCCCCAGAAAUUCUUCUUCGGCUACCUGAUCGUUCCUGCACUCAUCCUUCUUGCUCAGCUGACAAUCAUGAACGCCGACGGCUACAAGACAGUGCCACAGUUGGAGGAGAAGAUUGAAAAGGAACAAGACGCCACGCGAGAUGUAAGUUUUGCAUCCUUACGCAUUGCGUAUUUUGCUGACGUGACUACAGGUCCACGAUUCUGACGACGAUUUCAGCGACGGCGAAGUUCGCCGCCGCCGGCAGCAGCGACGAGAGCACCGAGAAUCUAACCUCACGAAGCUGGACGACCUCCUUGGUGACGCGGAGGAGAGACAUCACCGAGAGGAGAUGCAGGAGCAAAAGGAGCAGACCAGUGGGGUCUGGGGUGCCUUGCAUGGCAAAUCUGCUAAAGAGCAGAUGUUGUCUCCGUGGUUCAUCCUGAUUACGCUGCUGACCGUACUCCAGAUGCUGCGCAUGAACUUCUUCAUUGCCACGGUCAGGUCGCAGUACGAGUACAUGCUUGGGUCCAAAGAGGCUGGGAGAGCUGUGAACUCCUUUUUCGAUGUCGCUUUGCCAGUAAGUAACGUUGGAUCACCCACCAAGGGAGUACAGAGUUAAUCUCUACAUAGAUCGGAGGCGUUGCAGCCACACCUUUCAUUGGCCUUCUCCUGGAUAACGUCAGCACUGCGAUGAUGUUGACCAUUCUCGUGGCACUCAUCACCGCGGUUGGCGUGCUGGGCUCAUUGCCUUGGCUUUACGCCGCCUACGCCAACGUAGUCCUUUUCGUCGUCUUGCGCCCGCUGUACUACUCCGCCAUGUCGUAGGUCUUGUCCAAACCAAUCAUUCAGUAACAGCUUACUAACCCCCACGUGUAGGGAUUAUGCGGCCAAAGUCUUCGGGUUCGCAACUUUCGGCCGCGUCUACGGAACAAUUGUCUGCUUCUCCGGUCUGAUCAACUUAUCGCAACCACUCAUCGACGCCACUAAUCACGAAAUUUUCCACGACAAUCCCAUCCCCAUUAAUAUCAUUAUGGCUUCUCUCGGACUUGUUUUUGGCUCGGCGCUGGUGGGAUUUGUAUGGAUACAGGAUCAUAAAAUCCAUAAGAAGGAGGGAAAAGUUAGAGAGGCUACGGAACGUGAUCGGUUAAUUCCGGAGAUUGACGAGCAGGAAUAG